UCAGCGCAGGGAGGCGUUGCGGACGCACUAGUUUGAACCAGAACUUAGACGGUGGAAAAAAAAUAGCUCUUAGCGACGGAGCGUUGGGCGUUUUAGGCGGACGAACAAGAUAGUAGCAAAAUCCAAACGUCACCACGGACUUUUUAUGGGACAAACGCACCGGGCUCGCUGCUAAAACGAUGCCUCACAAUAGACGGUACUCGUCUUCAGAAAGAGACAGCUGCCAAGAUCGAUACAGAGACAGGGGACGAAGACGUCGGAACAGAAGAUCGCACACUAACUCCUCCAGUAGCGACAGAGACCGCGACAGAAGGGGUCGAGGGCACAGACAGGAGGGAAGCUAUCUACGCUCAAGGAGCCGCAGCUAUGACAAUCGCUCGACAGAACAUCGACCGUUUGAUCGAAGGUACUACGAGGGAUACAGACGAUUGGAUCAGAGCCGUGAGCGAGACCGGGAUAGGGAGCCACAUGGAGCAGCUGAAAGCUAUUAUCCACGUGACUUCUCCCCAAACAUGUACGACUACCGACGUGGCCGUGAAAGAGAGCGUGAACGGGACGAGUCGUACAGACGGAAGGGCAGCAGGCGUAAGCACAAACGAAGGCGACGUAGAACCAGGUCCUAUAGCCCUUCUUCCUCGCGGAGCACCAGCCGGACGCGGGCACUGAGUGUGAGGGACGACGAGGAAGGGCACCUGAUCUGUCGGAGUGGGGACGUCCUGCAAGAGAGAUAUGAGAUUGUCAGCACACUGGGGGAAGGCACCUUUGGGAGGGUGAUGCGGUGCAUUGACCAUCGCAGGGGAGGAGCUCACGUGGCUCUGAAAAUUAUCAAGAAUGUUGAAAAAUACAAGGAAGCAGCUCGGCUGGAGAUUAAUGUACUAGAGAAGAUAAAUGAAAAGGAUCCUGAUAACAAAUUCUUGUGUGUACAGAUGUAUGACUGGUUUGACUACCACGGUCAUAUGUGUAUUUCUUUUGAGCUGUUGGCUCUGAGCACCUUCGACUUUCUGAAGGAAAACAACUAUCUACCGUACUCGAUCGGUCAGGUCAGACACAUGGCCUAUCAAAUCUGUCUCGCUGUGAAAUUUCUACAUGAUAAUAAGCUGACGCACACAGACCUGAAGCCAGAAAACAUCCUGUUUGUCAACUCGGACUUCACAAUGACCUACAAUGUAGAAAAGAAAAGGGAAGAACGAACUGUGAAAAGCACCGCGGUGCGCGUGGUGGAUUUCGGCAGCGCCACUUUUGACCACGAGCACCACAGCACCAUCGUGUCCACACGACAUUACCGUGCCCCCGAGGUGAUAUUAGAACUGGGCUGGAGUCACCCGUGUGACGUCUGGAGUAUCGGCUGCAUUCUGUUUGAGUACUACUUAGGUUUCACCUUGUUUCAGACUCAUGACAACAGGGAGCAUUUGGUUAUGAUGGAAAGAAUCCUGGGUCCAGUGCCCUCGAGGAUGAUUCGUAAAACCAGGAAGCAGAAGUACUUCUAUCGUGGUCGUCUGGAUUGGGAUGAGAGCUCAUCGUCAGGAAAAUAUGUCAGAGAAAAUUGCAAACCAUUACGGCGGUACCUGCUGUCUGAGGCAGAGGAUCACCACCAGUUUUUUGAUCUUAUUGAAAGCAUGUUGGAGUACGAGCCCUCCAAGAGGCUGGCCCUGGCCGACUCCCUCAAACACCCUUUUUUUGAGAACUUGAGCAUCGGUGAGGCAGCAGGCAGCAAGAACUGGGAGGGAAACCGGGACAUCAGCCGGUGACCCACAAAUUUUAAAGACUGAAACACGGGAGAAAUAAAGUUCUUUGCUUCUGGAGCAGUUGAGCAAUCGCAUAAUCUUGGACUUUUGAGAUUUUGUUUUGUUGUUUGUCGUUAACGCAUGGACUUCCUCACUUCCUGCUCCUCAAACCUGCUCCUUUCAUGUUCACCUCUGCAGUCACGUGAGGCAUGCUUUUGCACCAGAGAGACCAAAACACCCAGUUAAUGGCUGGAAAAGACUCGUCAAUCCUUUCUUGCGGUCACAGCUGAAAGUCAGGUGGAGAAAAAGAACAUCUUAAAUGAUUUUCGCCCAAAGUAGCCGUCUAUGCAGCUCCUGUCUUCCCUUUGACUUGUGAACACCUUUCUUUCUACCGUCGAAGAAAGUAAUGCCUCUCCAAGGAAACGAACAGAUCUACAGUCGUCAGAUACAACUCGGUUUUGGAGCUGAACCCUCUCGUCCUGAAGUCCAAGGAAAGGGUAAAAAAAGGGAUUCAAGCUGCAUAUUCAGCAAGUUCUCACCCGCAUACUUUGAAUUAUGGAGAAAUGUCAUUUAUUAAUGUGAACUAUUACGUUUCCUUGGAUACUCCCAGCUGUCUCCAGCGUUGACGUGUCUCCCAAGUUUUGUUAACGUUGCUAAGUGAAAACUCGCGUUGCGUUUCUUUUUUUGUUUUAUGUCCUGAAAAGAAUUUGCCCCCCUCGGUGAAAAUUGACCCAGUUGAUGGCUCCUCUUGCUAGCGAGAAGACGGCGAUGGACACUGCUCGUGCAGGCUCCUCUGUAGCCUGGCUUGUGGAUAAAUGUGUUUCUAUUCUUCAAUGUUUUCUAAGAGUGACGGUGUGUACAGUGAUGAGAUGGGUGGCACGUUUCUGUUUUGCGUUUAAGCAGUCGAGCGUCAGUCGUGGGAGAAUUUUCAUAAAAUUCAAAGAUCAAAAACAUACACUGCCUUUUCCACGUUUGACUUACAUUUACGUUAAGGUUAAGCACACUGCUGCUGGUAGUAUUUAUUUUGAGUUCCAGUAGGUCAUAGGUCCCAGUCCCUUCCUGUUUGUGAAUUUUUGUAUCAAAUGAAAGCAUAUAAAACUAUAUAUGUAUUAUUGUGUAGAAUUAAAGUCCU